AUGCAAGUUUUGAACGCCCUUGACCAACCUAUUACAGCCAACAAAUCUUGGCUGAAAAUCAUCAUCAGCGCCAAAGACGGAAAAAAGCAUGAAGAAGAAGCGGCGUACACACAGAUGAGCGCUAUGCAGCCAUCGUUGCUCACUGACCUAGACGCCGGAAGCGAAGCACUCAUUGACAUACAGUGCGCUAAAUCGGCGCAAGCUGUGCUUGAUUCAGUAUCACUACGUGCACAAAACAAAGACGCCGCACUGCAGUUGCAAAAUGUUACUUCUACCAAACCUUCCUUUCAGCAAGCCACGACGUCAUCAGACCGCGCUAACGAUAAACAAGGAAACGAUCAAGUUGCUGCUCCCUUUGACUCAGAGCAAUCCGUCAUCGUAUUUCCAAGAGCGCAGUUACCUCAAUUCAAAAUACUGAAAUUCACGAGGCGUCUUAGAGACUGGCCGACAUUUUGGAACACCUAUGAACAAAUGGUCCAUCUCAAUAGGAGAAUUCCCACGGUGCUCAAAUUCAACUAUUUGAUGGAGCUGCUGACAAAAGAGGCAAAGGCCUUCAUACUGGAUAAUGUCUCACGGCCGGAGAAUUAUUCUGUUUUGGUCCAAAAAGUCAAAGAGGUCUGUGCCGAUGAUCGCUGCUUAAGGGCAGAAUUGCAGCUAGAGUUGCGUUUUUUCCAGCCUAUCGCACAAAAGACUCAAUUCCCCAAUUGCAACUAA